AUGUGGGCCAUGAGGCGUACGCUGUUCGACAGUCCCACUCAGGGUGGUGCAUUCGAUGCCGCACACGGAGACCUUUCCUCUGAUUCCAGUGACAGUCCGACGGGUCGGUCAGCUGAGACAACAGUAGUCAAUUCUGUCUUAGCGCAGCUUGGGGGCCGUCACUAUGCUGAGGAGUUGUCUGCACUGCAAGAGAGUGUGCAGGACCUCCGGAACGAGCUGGCGGCAGUCACGACACUCGUACAACAGCACGCAGCGGUCAUCUCUCAAUUCGUUGAAAAGCCUACGACAGUGGGGCGCCGCCAAGGAGGUGGGGCUAUCAAGCACGCCAUAUCUGCGUCGGUAGAAGGCCCACCACUGCCGGAUGCUCCUCAGCUGCGAUUCGCUCUAGCUACCGACUCUCAGGGCGCAUCCAGAGGCACACAGAGGGAGAAUCAAGGAGCUGAAAGGGAAACUGCCAGAGCAGGCGAGAGCAGUCCUAUGGGCGAUGGGUCAGGCGAUAUCAAUCCGAACGCGGGCGUGCUGUCGCAGAAGUCUUUUGGAGCGAGCGUUGCACUAGAAAGUACACUGGGGGGUUCUGAAGAUACGGCAGUGAACGGUGAGUCACGCAGCGGAACGGCAAAUGCUAAGGAAGCUGUUGAGGCAAGUCUCACUUCAGCUACAGGACUUGAGGGAGGCACACACACCACAGAUGCUGACAGAGCGCUUGCCGCAGGAAGAGGUAUGGACCCUCACGGCGACGGUGGCGCACGCGACGAUGGCGGCAAGGCAACUGCCAAUGAUGCAUACAAGGACCCUGUGCAAGCGGAUAUACAUGGCCUGGCUGCAGACAAUGAAACCACCGCGGGUGUAGCAAAUGGAGGGCAGCAAGGGAGACACCUCGGUGAGAGAGAUAGUGCAGAGAUCAAAGAGGAGGGUGAAACACUUUCGGCUGGCGGAGACGUUGCGGCAGAUGAAUCCAGAGGAGCAAGUGCCGAAAGGUUGAAGGAAGAGGACGAGGCUGGGGCCGGCCGACGGGCUUUUCUUGGUAUGGGGGGAAAGGGUCUUGGCCUGAAGGGAGGAAGACUUAAGAGAUUGUGA